AUGGCUGAUUCAGAGACGGCGGCUACAUUUGGAUUGUCCAAGUUGUUGAUGAAGAGAAGGAGAGAGCAUCAAGAAUGUGACAGUAAGCCAGGAGGGAGGGGAUGUUUAGUAUUAGGAAGGAGCAUUUGUUUGGAUAAGAAAGACGAUAGUCAUUUGAAGGUGGUCUGGAGAUAUGUCAGAUCGGGAAUCCCUCUGUGGUUAGUCGUGGUGACCAUUGCUUUGCUGGCGAUUGUGAUGGCUCCGACGAGAAUAUCCCCCAUCACGGAGAAUUUUGAUAUACUCAGAAAGGGAUGGAUUUCAUUGAUGCGUAACUAA